GUUCGCCCAUCUACAACACCACCAAAACCCCUGCAAAACAUGUCAUCAAGAGGCGGACGAGGAGGCGCGACUCGCGGCCGUGGCGGCGCGCAGGGAAGGCCCGACGACCGCAAGAAGAAGGAGAGCAUCCUCAACCUCGCGCUCUACGUCGACAAGAGCAUCAACGUCAAGUUUGCCGGUGGGCGCGAGGUCACGGGCAUCCUCAAGGGCUACGACCAGCUCAUGAACCUCGUCAUGGACGAGGUCGUCGAGUCGUAUGAGAACGAUGCGAUCCCCAAGCGGACACUCGGCCUCGUCGUCCUCCGCGGCCCUAACGUCGUCCUCAUCAGCCCGACUGACGGCUCAGCUGAAAUCGAAAACCCCUUCGCUCAGUAGAUGGCGAGAUUGACCGCGACGCAGUAGUAGCAUCAAUAGCACGCAUGUAUCAUCAGAGACGUC